CAAAGCUCAACUUCAGCCUGCAGAGGUUCUUCUGCAGCCCCGAACCUUUAGUGGCAGCUCUGCUCGUCUCGCAAGUGAAAGAUGAAAUAUUGCUUUUACGUUUUCAUUCAUUCAUUUUGACUUUUAAAAACACUUUACAACACCUUACUUGUUGAGCUUGCUUCUUUCAUCUGAAUGUGAGACAUGAGACAGGCUUAAAACCAUGACUGUUUUAUUCUUUCACUUAAACUGUGAACAUUUUUUGGAAAUUUUAAGCGAAGUUACAAAACCUGAGUUGAAAUGUCCUUCAGAAAAUGUGUUGACGAAUCCUAAAAGAUUUUAUUGUACAGAAACCAAAAGGAUGCUCGGCUUAUGGAGCCUAAUGGUGUAACUUAUCCUGCAAGUUUAACCUGUGAGAUGCAAAACAUUCAAAAGGUUUGACAGUUUCUCUUCAGCUUAUUUGUUACCCAGUGCAGUACCGUCAGAGCCCACCAGGGGGCUUCAGCCGCACACUUAGGAUAUUCAGUGCAUACUCGUCACACCAGGCAUGAAAGGUUGUUAAAGAGAGGCUGAGAGCGCCUCUGGCAGAUGUCUGAAAAACAAAAGCUUAAUGAAAACUGUUUUUACACAGUCUUCAACUUCAGUUUGAAUUUGGUUAAAAGUGGAGGGUCGUCUCUGUCCUCGACACCUGAGGUCCGCACCUCGUUAGGAAACGAUGAAUUUGAUGUUCAGAGAAACACCAUGUGACAAACACCACGUGAUUGACAUUUAGACAAGUAUAAAGACUUUUCCGGUCAUGUUUAAAAAAUGAUGAGCGCCUGUGUGGCUGUUUGAUCACAACUAUUUUACAAACAUGUCAUUUAAAAAAAGUCAAAUGUUUGAAACACCGCUCAAACCACUGAACGUGAUAUACGUGUCUGCUAAACUUUCACCUUUUAAACCAACUUCAUCCCAGUUUUAGGCUUCAGUCAUGUCCAGUGUGCCAUUUAGACACCUUUGGACAGGGUUUCUAAUGCUUUGUUCAGCGGAUAAACGGAUAAAGUGAAAUCAAAUGAGAAAAACACCAUCACUAUGACGUCAUUAAGAGAGCAUUAACACAUGGGGGGUAAUGUGUUUGACAAACGCAGGAAAGAUGCAGAUUUCAUGGCGGCAGCUUCAAAACAAUCAAAGCAGGAUUUGUUAAUUCUAAAAAUAUUUGCUAAACUGUCAGGAUGCGAGCAGAGCUUCCUGCUGACCAGCGCUGAAAACACACCCAUCGUUUACCCUUAAACAUGUCGCUGGUUCCUCCACCUUCAGCUGCGUCCUUGGGUGGAGAGAGGCGUUCAAAGCCGCUGCUCUCUGACGUCACGCUCAGGAAGAAAGUUUGGGUUGCUGUUUGUUGGGGGGCGGGGCCUGUGCGGAGGAGGGGAGCGGUGAUGCUGAGGAGGAGUAACCGAGGAAGAGCAACAGGUUUCAGUGUGCUGAUGGGUUCACGAGGACAGAGCACGAGCGUAUGAAGAGGACCGGAUGAAAGGUACGGAACACAGCUGUUAAAGACACCUGAUGCUGCAGUCUGAUCCGCUCACCUGGGACUGAACACACACACACACACAAACAAACAUGGCUGCUAACGCACGUUCAGACCCACCCAUCCUCACAGAGCAGGAGGAGUUACAGAGAAGAGCCAAUCAGGUCACAGAUGAGUCACUGGAGAGCACGCGGCGGAUGGUUCAGUUGGUUGAGGAGAGUAAAGAUGUUGGGAUCAGGACUGUGGUGAUGUUGGAUGAACAAGGAGAGCAGUUGGAGCGUAUUGAGGAGGGUAUGGACUCCAUCAACAGGGACAUGAGAGAGGCAGAGAAGAAUCUGACAGACAUGGCCCAGUGCUGUGGCCUUUGUAUCUGGCCACUCAGGAAACUAAAGGCUUUUGAGGAGAGUGGGGCAUACAAGGCAGUUUGGGGCAGAGCCUCAAGCCAGGAUGGCGUUGUAGCCAAUCAGCCGCCGUCAUCUCGGGUCGUGGAUGAGAGAGAGCAAAUGAUUAUGAGUGGAGGAUACAUACGAAGGGCGACCGGCGACGCCCGCGAGGACGAGAUGGAGGAGAACCUGGCACAUGUGGGCAGCAUCGUCGGAAAUCUGAAGAGCAUGGCCCUGGACAUUGGCAACGAGCUGGAAACACAGAAUUCCCAAAUCGACCGCAUACAGGGAAAGGCUAAUCUCAACGUUACCCGAAUCAGCGCUGCCAACCAGAAGGCUACCAACCUCAUGAAACGAUAGAAGUGCUCUUCCAGUCUUUUUCUAUUAAACUGUGCUUUUGCGUGCUGUGCCAAUAUGCUGACCCUGUUAUUUUAAACCUCCCAUUACUCACUUUUGACAGUGAAAUGUGCUGUAAAACUCAUCUAGAGGCCGUAAGGGGUUUAAAGUGGAGCUCUUUAUUCCGUAACCCGUAUUUUAACAUUCCUGUUCGUUCCCCAGAUAUCAUAAUAGAAAGUCGUAGUUUUGUUUAUUUGUAUAAAAUGUGACCUAUGAUUAUUAUAAGUCAGUUUGCAAUGCAAUGUACGCUCUGUUUUACCCCUCAGCGUGGCCUCCUUUAGCUCUUGGGAACCUUUAAUGGACCCUGUGGGGAAAAAAUGGGUCACUCCAGCAGCACCAUCACUGCCAGCAGUAGCAGUAGAGAGCACAAUCACACAAAUACGUCAAUUUGUGUGAAGAGCGGCUGUCCCUGCUGUGGUGUUAUGAAACAUGAGCCCAUACGUCGCCUUUUCCAUCUGCCGGACGGACAGGGGAAUAACGGCAUCUGUGCAGCAAAAUGUUCUGAAAAGCAACCAGUCCAGUCCCAAAUUACACAACCCUGUAAUUCCACUUUCUCCAAAAUCUGCCACUGUGGAUGAAACACGUAUGUGACGGCGCCCUCUGUCGGCCCAGUCGGGUAUUGCCCAGAAGAAGGAAAUACGUAUUUCCCCACAAUGGAGGAUCUCUGGCGACACCAAGCGGACGCAAGCGGAACAUGCAUUCUUCCUGGCCUCUCCCAUCUUCCUUCUGUCUCCAUGUUGAUAGAAAAUGGUGGUGACACCAAGUGACGUUGUUGCUGAUUUUACGACCCUGUCUCUCAGUCGUGCACAUCAAAGGUUUGCUGACAAUGCCAAAAGUCACCAUAUCCUAAAUGAUUUGUACUUGAUGUCUGUGUUUGUAAUGUUAGCCAAUCAGGGAGAUCCUUAAGUAAACUAUGCUGUCUUUUUAUUAGCUGCUAGGUUUGAAAUCGUCCAUUGGGUAGAAGCUGUUUUUUGUUUAAUUAUGUACUGAUGAGUAAUAUAGUACAAAUCAUAGAAGUGUAGAUGAUGCUGACCUAUGUUGACCUAAAAAGGCCUUCAUGUGCGUAACUACAAGGUAACUACUACAGCUGAGGAUCACUUGUGUGUGUUUGCUACGAUGAACUGUUGAAAUGUGAACGUAAUGAAUAAAAAAAAAAGUGCGCAGGAAUAUAGCGUACGUGAUUUUGGGACUAAUUAAUUAUGUGAGGCGGGAGGAGGGGCUGGGAGGGUGAUGGUAGUCAUUAAAUAUUCACCGUGUGGCUGAACGUGCAGACUUCGUGAGUUUGGUGACUGGUGUGUUGGGAAUGGGAGUGACUGGUGCAUACGCUUCUGCGGCACAUGGGGGCGCGCAGCGGCCUGAAAAUGUUGCGCGUUCGAGGAAGAAGGAGGAAAAAAACCACACGCGCUGCGUGAAUAGAGUCUGCGCAAUUCGCUUGUUCUCGUCACUCCGAACUUUCGGGAGAACCACGAAGGAAGGAGGGGAGAACAGCGCCAUUUGCCUGGUCCUGUGCAGUCAGCCAGGCGUGUCUAGUCCCGACUGGCAGCUGGAUCAGGAUCAGCUAGUCGUGGAGGGCGGUGAAUUUGGACUCGGUCUCUGUUUUAGUGGGCCGUCCGAGGCAGCGGUGGAGCCAUGUCAGCC